CGUCCCGUCCCGCCGUCAUGGAGCCGCCCCCCGCGCUGCCCGGAGAGGCUCCGGUGCUGCUGGCGGAGCUGAAGCCAGGCCGACCGCCCCGGCUGGACUGGAAGUCAAGCUGUGAGACGUGGAGCGUGGCCUUCUCCCCCGACGCCUCCUGGUUCGCCUGGUCUCAGGGUCACUGCCUGGUCAAGCUCAUCCCCUGGCCCCUGGACGAGCCCUUUUUCAGCAGCCCCAGGGGCUUCGAAGCCAAAAGCUGGAAAGCGGAGGGGCGAGAGCGAGGCAGCCCCAAGGAGAAGACGCUGGAUUGCGGGCAGAUGGUGUGGGGCCUGGCCUUCAGCCCCUGGCCCGGCCGGACGCCGCUGUGGCCCCGCCGGCCCCCGCCGGCCCCCGGCCUCGUUCUGGCCACGGGCCUCAGCGACGGGCACAUCAAGGUCUGGGAAGUGCACACAGGACGGCUCCUCCUCAACCUGGCCGGACACCAGGACGUGGUGCGAGACCUCAGCUUCGCUCCCAACGGGAACCUGAUCCUGGUGUCGGCCUCCCGCGAUAAGACCCUGCGCAUCUGGGACCUCCGCAGAGAGGGGAAGCAGAUCCAAGUAUUGCUCGGCCACCUGCAGUGGGUGUAUUGCUGCUCCAUCUCCCCCGACUGCAGCAUGCUGUGCUCUGCUGCCGGAGAGAAGUCGGCGUUGCUGUGGAGCAUGCGGUCCUACACGCUCAUCCGAAAACUGGAGGGACAUCGAGGCAGCGUCGUCUCCUGCGACUUCUCCCCCGACUCCGCCCUGCUCGUCACCGCCUCCUACGACACCGACGUCAUCAUGUGGGACCCCUACACCGGGGAGAGGCUGCGGACCCUCAGCCACGUGGCCGCCCACCCCGUGGUGGACGUGGGCGGCGACGUCCACGACAGCGCCCUGAGGUCCGUGUGCUUCUCCCCCGAAGGAUUGUAUCUCGCUACGGUGGCGGACGACAGAUUCCUCCGGAUCUGGGCCCUGGAGCGGAGGGAUCCCAUUGCGUUUGCUCCCAUGACCAACGGACUGUGUUGCACGUUCUUCCCCCACGGUGGGAUCAUCGCCACUGGGACGCGAGACGGGCACGUCCAGUUCUGGACGGCGCCGCGGGCCCUGUCCUCCCUGAAGCACCUGUGCCGCCGAGCCAUCCGCCGCUUCCUCACCACCUACCAAGUCCUCGCCCUGCCCAUUCCCAGGAAGAUGAAAGAAUUCCUCACCUAUCGGACCUUCUGACCCCGGGAAAACCGCCCCGGACCGACGCCGCAGUUCCCUCGCCGGCGCCUGGGGAGGAGCGGCGCGGCUCAGUGGGAAGAGCCCGGGCUUGGGAGCCGGAGGUCGUGGGUUCUAAUCCCGCCCC